UGUCAUGUUGACAAACAAAAUAAAAGCAAUAAAAUUGGAAAAAAUACAACAAAAAAUUAAAAUAAAUUUACGAAUUGAAUCGCAAUUUGUAAAAUAUUAUUUGUGAAAUAAUCUAAUUGGCGCUGAUCGAUUACGAAUUAAUAAUAUGCAUGUUACUCACUCUGUAUAUCAGGGAUACUGUUUGUGUUAUGGACCAAGAUAUGCGAACAAAUGACGAAAUUAAACCGGUGACGAUGUUUCAUAAACUUCGGUGACAGUGGGAUUUGUUCAGUGUCCCAUAAAGUGAAUUUUUAAUGGGUUGUGCAGUGUCAUGUAUGAAUAAAAUGACGAUGUCGUUUUUUGGGAAGAAUUCAUACCCAGAGGAUGAUUCACGGGCCAAGCUUCAGAGAAAGUUGUAUCUCGCCAAAGAAUCUCCUGAGCCAGAAUUUGACUUAUCAGAUUGUCAGCUUCGGCAGGUUCCAUCCGGCAUUUAUUCAAUUUGCAAAGUAUUUAGAAAAGAUCACUUAUAUUUGCACUGCAAUAACCUGCAUUCAUUGAAUGGUGGAGGUAAUAUUUCUGAUUUGUAUUGUUUAAGAGUUCUAAAUAUAAGUUGCAAUAAAUUCUCUCAAUUACCAGAAGAAAUAAAAUUUUUAAUAAAUUUGUCUGAGCUGUAUGUUCAGGAUAAUUGUCUCAAAGAUAUUCCAGAAAGUGUCCAGUACUUAGAAAGCCUUCAGAUCUUAGAUGUUUCAAAAAACCGUUUGAGGCAUUUAACCGCAUCAUUAGGGAAACUUAAAAAUUUGAGAGUACUGAAGCUUGUUGAUAACAUAGAACUGACAGAGUUAUGUUCAGAAUUGUGUCUUGCUACAAAUAUUGUGUCAAUAGAAUUGGAUGGAAAUCAGUUUGUUUAUCCUCCUCCUGAGAUAGCUUGUCAAGGUACAGUAGAAAUAUUGAAAUUUCUGUGUUUAAGAAUGGAUAUAUCUUAUGCCCCUCCAAAUUCUGGAGUGGAAGUUACAUCAGUACAGACACCAAGCUAUAUUUAUGAUCCAUUUACUAAACGCAACUCUGUCUCUUGGGAAGAACAGGAGGCUGCUAUAAUUGAACAGGAAAAUAGAUUUCAUCAAGCUGCUAGACAACAGAGAGAGAGGUUUUUAACAAAAGUGUUACAAGAACAACAGGAAUUAGAUUCAGAAAUUGCUAAAGUUCAUGAGGCUAAAGAAAUAGAAAGACAAAAAUUAAUAAAAGCAAUUCAAGAUGAUGAAAAAGAAGUUGAAUGUUUGGUUAUGAAUUUUAUUCAACACGAUUUUUUGAAACCAGAAAUAUUACAGCAACAAUUGGCUCAUGAGCAAGCUGAGCAUGACCGCUUGCUUGAAAUCACUAGACAGAACUAUGACAAUAUAAAAAAAUCUGAUAUUUUGAAUGCUAUGGAAAUGCUUAUUGAAGAAGAUUAUUGUAUUCAACAUUCCAAAAAAACCUAUGAAGAUAGUUUGAUGGAUAUGAAGCAAAGUAUACUUAUGCAAGAAAUGGAAGGAAGUGAAAAGUUAGAAGAACUGUUAAAAGCCAAAGACCAGUCAAGAACAGAAUUGGUGCAGCAGCUAAUGGAAGAUGAAGAUAUUCAAAAAGCAAUUGUAGCUUCUUUGGUUGAGAAAGUGGAUGCAAGAAGCUGGAGUCUUAGCCAAGAGAUAUCAUUGAUUUCUUUACAUUUGGCCCGGCUUAGUGUUAUUGAACAAGAAAAGAAAAAACUGAAAAUAGCUUACAAUUACAAUGAGUUACUUCAGCAAAGAGUCCACUUGAUUUCUCUUUUAGAUGAUUUAUUGGAUCAACAAAGUAUAAGAAGAAAGCAACUUAUUGAAACUAUGCGAGAAAUGGAGAAUCAACCAAAUAAGACUUCUGACUUUUGGUUGAAAAAUUACCAAAAAUUAAUUGAUUCUGCUCCAAAAAAUUUGUUAGAUAUUGGCCAACAGCUGGAUCCCAUUCUCGCCAAUUACCUUUUACAAGAGGGAGUCAUACAUUGCUUACCGUUUCUAGUCAAGUUCUUUUUUACAGAAGCAUCUUUAUUGAAUGUUACAUUGCAAGACUUAAAAGAGAGUGGAGUGUCUUUGUCAUCUGAUAGGAAGGGAAUUAUUCGAGCAAUCAGUUACUAUGUGCAGGCAAAGAGUCAGGUGCACAAAUUAUCUGAUUGUAAAGAAGGGCCUAGUGCUCCUACUGAUGAGGUGGAUUGCGGUGACCAGAAUUAUACAGGGGUGGUAACUGCUCAUGAAGCAGAUGACUCAGUCUUGGAAUCUGAGUGUGUUAUUUGUAUGGAUGCAAAAUGUGAAGUUAUAUUUAUUCCAUGCGGGCACAUGUGUUGUUGCCAAUUAUGUGGUGAAAAGGAUGUGAAUGACUGUCCUUUGUGCAGAGGUUUAAUAGAGAGGAUAAUCAAAGUCAGAGUUGCAUGAUUGUUUAUAAAACGAGAAUUACAGAAUGAAGACUGCCAUAAGAUUAGCAAUACAUCUUGGGAACCAAUUAUUAUAUUUUGGUAUUAUAAGUAUGUAGUACCCAGUAUGUGAGUACUGAGAGUAGUGCCAUCUCACUACUUUAUUAAACUAGGAUUGUAUAACUCUAGUUUUUCCUAUAAACAUAAACAAAAACAUUCACUGCAAUUAAUUAUUUUCUCACAGUUUUAUAUAAAGACAAGUUUUGUAAUAAAUUUCAUAUUUUUGUUAUUAUUCAAUUUUCUAGCCUGUUUAAUUUCUGAACGAAUAAGCCUCCUUUACUGCACUGCCUAGACUAGAAACUACAUCCCAAAUUUCAAAUUGCAUCGAUAUGUCAGAAUGUCAGUCAAUUAGUCAGUCUGUGUCCUCACAUAUAUUGAGAUAUCUGGUUUGAUAUUACUUUAAAGUGGAGUACUCUGUUCAAUAGUCUCACAUUAGCACACACGAGGCAAUUGAGUGUGCUUCCACCCACUUUAUUGAGUUCUUCCUGUUAUGUACAGGCUGUCCUUGAAAUCUGGUUUGAACAAUACGAUCCACACUAAGCUCUAUUUCUUUUAGGCAAAUAUUAAAAAUUUCAAAUUGAUAGACAGUUAGAUUUAUUACAAAGUAUAAGGCUAAACGAAUAUACGCUUUCACUUCUAAAUUUUUCUUUAUGUUAAAAACUAGCUGGGCAACUGGGCGACUUCGUUGGCCUUAAAUCUCUAUAAAUCAUAACUUAUUUUGUUAUUCCAAUGUCUUAAUUAUAUUACGAUACAGAUUUUUCUUUUGUCUCUGUUCUUAAAGGUGCAACCGUUGGUUUAACUAUGUUGGGAAAAUGUAAAAAACAUGUUCGAUAAAUUGUAAGUGUUAAGAAAAUGUAUACCUAAUAUUAUUAAAGUAUGACCUAGGUAUGUUAAUAUUAAUACCGUGUCAAUCUUUUAAGAUUGUGCCUUCUUAUAACUGUAUCUGCUUUCAACUUAGUAGUCUAAUGACAUUUAAAAUCGGGUUUUAUAUUGUGAAUAUUUUGAUAAGGCCUUGUGUUAUAAAAUGGCUUAUUCUUCAAUUAUUAUAUGAAAUAAUGUAUAAAUAUAUAAUUUGUAAGGCCAGUAUUAUACUUACUAUUCGGAAUACCUACCAUAGAUUUAUCCAUCUACCCCAGUAGCCCCAUUGAGUUGACCCAUUCUUCAUGCGAUAUGCAUAUUUAUCCCUAUUUACGGGGAAUUUGUUACAUUUCGAUAGCACAAUUUGCCGGUCGUGGAUAACAAUUUUAAUUGCAUUUUGGGGAUAUUAAAUCGUGUGAUACUUAUUUGUAACUCGAGUUCUUCACAUAGUGUGUAUCUGAGUAAGUAAUUAACGAUUGUAUUCGAAUAACUUUAUAAUACACGUAGUAUUAAUAAUAUCCACUUGACUCAAUAACUCUUAAACCUUUUUCCCGGUAUUUAAUCAAAAUCUAUAUUUAUUUAGCUAUUAAGAAUUCAAAUAUCGUACAAUGUUAUUUUCUUUCCCAUUCCCUCGUUUUUGAUAAAAAGUUGAAUAAGAGAUUCUGGUAUGUGUAUUGUAUUUAUAAGACAUUAUGUAUAUUUUACUACUUUUAAAAUUGUUAUCACUUUUUUGAAUACACAAU